AUGCAUUGGCCACGAGGUCAUCGCCAGCUUGUGGUGAAGCCCGUUGACAUGGCCUUUGGCGUCGGAACUACACUUUGGAACCUGAGUGGACACAUGGAGCUCACGUUGAACCGGUCAAGCGAGCCUAAUGGCCUAUUGAGGGCCUAUUGGUUGAAGUGCGGCAGAUUCAUCAGAUACACCAUGCAGGAGGCAGCGCAGAGUCCAAGCGAUUGGCACCUCAGCUGCAGCAACAGCUCGAUUCUGCCUGAGGUCCUGUGGGAUAGAAACCUGCUCUUCAAAUGGGGCACAGUGCCUCUUCCUGAGGGAUGGAUUCUGAGCGGACCGUCCCAGCAGCGUGAGGAUCUUCCGUACCAAGAGCUGGUGGACCAAUUUGGUGACAGAGCGGCAGAAGAGCUCUGGAAGCACAUCCACCAGCAGGAACCUUGGAUGCAGUACAAGUCAAUUCCACGACUGAUGAGAACGGCACACCUGACUGCGAACACAUGGAAGUCUACAGCGUAUUCGAAUGUUAUCCAACACCUGCGCAGAUCUUUUGCACGAGCAAUGCAUGAGAUGAAUGGCUGCAUUGCUGAACAAAAGUAUCGUUGCCCAGCCUGA